AUGCCCCGGCUCAAGAAGAGAUCAUUAGAAACCAAAGCUAGGAUAUCGCGAAUGAAACGAGCCGAGAAGCGAAGAGAACAAAUUUUGAUUUUAAAAACGCAAGCCGAAGAAAUGGAAAUUUUAUGUCGUGGCAUAAGAACUGAAGGAGCUCUUGUACCACCAAUCAGACAAACCGCGUCAAUAUUUAAACAGCCUGUUACUGUUCAUAAGAACCAGGAAGGUAAAGUUAAAGCAGACUUCAAACACGGACGACAAGAAAAGCCUAGACAAGUAUUUUGGGAGAAAAGACUUGAAGGUAUUCGAGCAUCAGAAAAAGAUGGUUAUGAAUUAGGUACCAGAUGGACUGGUCUAUUACGACCAGCUGGUCCUCAUGUUAGUGAUGAUACUCUAUUGCAGAGUGUAGCUACUGCUUUACAUGUAUGCGCUAUGCCAGUGACUGGGCAACCUCCGAUGCGAUCUCAUUAUGAUAAAGAAAUUGUAUAUCGGAUUCCAGAUCAACCACUUGUCCAGGAGGUGAGUGUAACCGUUGAAGACAUCAAAAGUCAAGAAGAACGUGUUAUAGCAGCCAGAAAACGACUUCAAGAAGUUAUGGUAAAAAUCAAAUAA